AUGCAGGAGGUGGAGGAUGAUGAGGAGGUGGAGAAAGAUGAUGAUGAGGAGGAGGAGGUGGAGGUGGAUGAUGAUAAGAAUGAUGAUGAGGAGGUGGAGGAUGAUGAUAAGGAGGAUGAUGAUGAUGUUGAGAAGGAUGAUGAUGAUAAGAAUGAUGAUGAGGAGGUGGAGGAUGAUGAUGAUAAGAAUGAUGAGGAGGUGGAGGAUGAUGAUAAGAAUGAUGAUGAGGAGGAGGAUGACGAUGAUAAGGAGGAGGAGAAGGAGGAUGAUGAUGAGGAGGUGGAUGAUGAUGAUGAGGAGGUGGAUGAUGAUGAUGAUAAGAAUGAUGAUGAGGAGAAGGAUGACGAUGAUAAGGAGGAUGAUGAUGAGGAGGAGGAGAAGAAGAAAGAGAAGAAUGAUGAUGGAGGGAUUUUUGAAACAGUGGAAAAUGAACCAAUUAAUGUUGAAGAAUUAGCUUUCAAAUUUGCAGUCACCAACAUUAACAGAAACCGAACACUGAUGCCUAAUACCACACUAACCUAUGACAUCCAAAGAAUUAACCUUUUUGAUAGCUUUGAGGCUUCCAGAAGAGCUUGUGACCAGCUUGCUCUUGGCGUGUCAGCGUUGUUUGGUCCAUCCCAUAGCUCUUCAGUCAGCGCAGUACAAUCUAUUUGCAAUGCCCUGGAGGUUCCUCACCUACAAACACGCUGGAAACACCCAUCCGUGGACAACAAAGACUCAUUUUUUAUCAACCUUCAUCCUGAUUAUGCAGCAAUCAGUAAAGCAGUUUUGGAUCUGGUCCUUCACUACAACUGGAAAACAGUAACGGUUGUGUAUGAAGACAGUACAGGUUUAAUUCGUCUGCAAGAACUCAUCAAAGCCCCAUCAAGAUACAACAUCAAAAUCAAAAUCCGCCAAUUACCUUCAGGAAAUAAAGAUGCACGGCCUUUGCUCAAAGAAAUGAAAAAAGCCAAGGAAUUUUAUGUGAUUUUUGAUUGCUCACAUGAAACUGCAGCAGAAAUCCUAAAGCAGAUUCUUUCAAUGGGUAUGAUGACAGAAUAUUAUCACUACUUUUUUACAACAAUGGACUUGUUUGCAUUAGACCUGGAACCGUACAGGUACAGUGGAGUAAAUAUGACUGGGUUUCGUUUGCUGAAUAUUGAAAAUCCUCAGGUGUCAUCUGUGGUAGAUAAAUGGUCUAUGGAACGUCUGCAGGCACCACCAAAGCCUGAGACUGGUCUUCUUGACGGCAUGAUGACAACAAAUGCGGCCUUGAUGUAUGAUGCUGUUUACAUGGUCGCGGUCGCCACUCAACGAGCCUCACAAAUGACUGUUAGCUCACUGCAGUGUCACAGACACAAGCCUUGGAGAUUUGGUCCUCGUUUUAUGAACCUCAUAAAAGAGGCACGAUGGGAUGGCUUGACAGGUCGGAUCACCUUCAAUAAAACAGAUGGUUUGAGAAGAGAUUUUGAUUUGGAUAUCAUUAGUCUCAAGGAAGAUGGCAUGGAAAAGGCCGCUGGGGAAACAUCAAAUAAUUUAAAUAAAGUUUGGAAGAAGAUUGGAGUCUGGAAUUCAAACCUUGGAUUAAACAUGACAGAUAAUUUAAAAGACAAAUCCACUAACAUAACAGAUUCCUUGGCUAACCGGACGCUUAUUGUAACCACUAUACUUGAGGAUCCCUACGUUAUGUAUAAAAAGUCAGACAAGCCUCUGACUGGAAAUGAUCGAUUUGAGGGAUAUUGUUUGGAUCUAUUAAAAGAGCUGUCUAACAUAUUAGGUUUUAUCUACGAAGUAAGACUGGUAGUUGAUGGUAAAUAUGGAGCACAAAAUGAUAAAGGCGAAUGGAAUGGCAUGGUUCGGGAACUCAUUGACCACAAAGCGGAUCUGGCUGUUGCGCCCCUUACUAUUACGUAUGUCAGGGAGAAAGUUAUAGAUUUCUCCAAGCCAUUCAUGACACUUGGUAUCAGCAUCUUGUAUCGGAAGCCAAAUGGUACCAACCCUGGAGUAUUUUCAUUCCUUAACCCUCUUUCUCCUGACAUUUGGAUGUAUGUUUUACUUGCCUGCCUUGGAGUUAGUUGUGUUUUGUUUGUCAUUGCAAGGUUCACACCUUAUGAGUGGUAUAAUCCACACCCAUGCAACCCAGACUCGGAUGUGGUGGAAAACAAUUUUACUUUGCUAAAUAGUUUCUGGUUUGGAGUUGGAGCUCUCAUGCAGCAAGGAUCAGAGCUAAUGCCAAAAGCUCUUUCUACCAGAAUAGUGGGAGGAAUAUGGUGGUUUUUUACCUUGAUCAUUAUAUCUUCCUACACUGCAAACCUGGCUGCCUUCCUUACUGUAGAAAGAAUGGAAUCCCCAAUUGAUUCAGCAGAUGAUUUAGCUAAACAAACAAAAAUAGAAUAUGGGGCAGUAAGAGAUGGAUCAACAAUGACUUUUUUUAAGAAAUCCAAAAUUUCAACCUACGAAAAAAUGUGGGCGUUUAUGAGCAGCAGGCAGCAGACGGCACUGGUGAAAAACAACGAUGAGGGAAUUCAAAGGGUGCUCACAACUGACUAUGCUCUCCUAAUGGAGUCAACCAGCAUUGAGUUUGUUACUCAAAGAAACUGUAACCUCACCCAGAUUGGAGGGCUUAUUGACUCCAAAGGUUAUGGUGUUGGGACACCUAUUGGAUCUCCGUACAGAGAUAAAAUUACCAUUGCUAUCCUGCAGUUGCAAGAGGAAGGAAAAUUACAUAUGAUGAAAGAGAAAUGGUGGCGAGGGAACGGCUGUCCGGAAGAAGACAGUAAAGAAGCCAGUGCCCUAGGAGUGGAAAACAUUGGCGGUAUCUUUAUAGUACUUGCUGCAGGGCUCGUUCUUUCAGUCUUUGUAGCAAUAGGAGAAUUCAUAUAUAAGUCCAGGAAAAACAGUGACAUAGAGCAGGCCUUUUGUUUCUUUUAUGGAAUGCAAUGUAAACCAACUCACCCAUCCAAUUCUACCUCGGGAACUACUAUAUCUACGGAAUUAGACUGUGGCAAAUUAAUCCGAGAAGAAAGAGGCAUUCGAACACAGCCCUCUAUUCACACUGUGUAGUCAGUAAAAGUGUCUUUCCUUUAAUGCAAUAAUGGAAGAACUUGGAAUAUCGCUCAAGCACCCUAAAAAAUUAAAGAAAAAAACAAAAGUAAAGGGGCGG